GUUAGCAAUCGUUAGACGAGCUGUAUCAUUAGCGCAGUUCUGCCAAUCUGUCAACAUUUUACUGUCUGUUAAAUCUUUUCGUCCACAUUUACUUCACCGUCAAGGCAUUGUAUAAAUUACUGAACAGCAGCGAAAAAGGUUCUUCUCCUGACCUGAAAGGAUGGCACAGGGUGGCAAACUGGCCAUCCUCCUCUCCAUCCUUGUGGGCGUUUUCAUGCUGACUUCUCUGGAUGGGCGACCCCAACGUUCAACUAUGGUCAUAUCUGCUGUUAACAAUACUGCUUGGAAAGGUACCAUGGACUCGCUUUUUAAAGACGUGGCAGCAGAGGUUUCAAGCUAUGCUGAUGUGGCUAAACGGAUCAUCGACCUUGCUGUGUUUGGAGCUGCCCAGAACCGCUCAUAUAGACGUCUAGCUGACUUCACCGACACCAUCGGGAACCGUGUCAGCGGCUCUCUCAACUUGGAGAUGGCUAUUAAAUAUAUGUACAAAGCCAUGAUGCAGGAUGGUUUGGACGUACAUCUGGAACCAGUCAAAGUCCCACACUGGGUGAGAGGAAAGGAGAGUGCACAGAUGAUUUUGCCGAGAGUGAAGAAUCUGGAAAUACUGGGACUCGGUAGCAGUGUAGGGACGCCACUUGAAGGUAUUGAAGCGGAGGUGUUGAUUGUUCAGUCUUUUGAGGAACUGAAACGCAGAGCCAGCGAGGUCUCAGGAAAGAUUGUGGUCUUCAAUCAGCCGUUUGUCAGCUACGGGGAGACAGUGGCUUACCGUGCAUACAGCGCCUCAGAGGCAUCAAAAUUUGGAGCAAUAGCAACGCUCAUUCGAUCCAUCACUCCUUUCUCAAUUAAUAGUCCUCACACUGGUUGGCAGGACUACCAAGAUGGUGUGAAGCGCAUCCCUGCGGCGUGCAUCACCAUCGAGGAUGCUGAGCUAAUGUGGCGCAUAGCGCAGAGGGGACAGCGGGUCACCGUCAGACUCACUAUGGGCGCCAGGACCUUUCCAGAUGCCGAUUCCUUCAACACGGUAGCAGAGAUAAAAGGAUGGCAGCACCCUGAGCAGGUGGUCCUUCUGAGUGGUCAUCUGGACAGUUGGGAUGUAGGCCAAGGUGCCAUGGAUGAUGGGGGUGGAGCCAUGAUAUCCUGGGAGGCCCUGUCACUAAUCAAAGAUCUAGGUUUGCGUCCAAGGAGAACCAUGCGCACAGUGCUAUGGACAGGGGAAGAGGCGGGUGGAGUUGGAGCGCAGCAGUACUUCAAUCGACACAAGGUGAAUGUGUCCAACAUUGACAUGGUCAUGGAGUCAGACAUGGGGACAUUCAGACCAGUGGCGCUGCAGUUUACUGGCAGUGUUGCAGCACAAAAGGUGAUGGAGGAGGUGGUCAAACUCUUAGCUCCCCUCAAUACGACUAAGCUGGAGAUGCACGGUGAGGGGACGGACAUCUCACCUUGGAUGCAGGCCGGAGUACCGGGUGCCAGCCUCCAUGUGGCGGACAGUCGCUACUUUUGGUUCCACCACACAGAAGCUGAUACCAUGACCGUUCAGGACCCUCAGGACAUGGACCUCUGCUCGGCACUUUGGGCUGUGGUGGCCUUUGUGGUAGCCGACCUGGAGGACAUGCUACCCAGGUAGAUAGGUGCGUGCUGAUGACACUGCAGCUAAGCAGUUUAUGUACUGAAUAUAUUGGUGAAGCUGCAGCUCAGGGACCAGAGACUAUCAUUGCACAUGUGAAACCAAAAUACAACAUAUAAGGGAGGUUUUUUUUUCUUAAGAAAAAUAUCAUAGUCAUCUUUUUAAAAAUAAUGUCUUUAUAUCAUACUGCCUUAACAUUAAGCAGGAGGGACAGUAAUGUUUCUAUCACUUAACAUUUCUCUCCCAAGAGAACAUCCUUAUUUUUUUACUUUUUAAAUUUUACAUUGUUUAAAAGUAUUGUUUUUAAUACCACAUGUGCAUGUGCUUUUUAAGGUUUUACAAUGAUCAGUUUGUUUUAUUUUGAGCAAUAAAUGGCCAUUACUUGAAACAUACAUUCAUUAACAUGGCAUUACGCUUACGAGGUUGGGUGUUUUCAGAAGAUGCAAGUGAUGACAAAUGUGCUACUAAAUCAUGGGUGCCCAGACUUUUUCCAGAAAAAAUAAAGAACGCGGGAGCCACUUCAGAGGUUCUAAAACCAAUCCAUUGUAGGUCAAUAUAUGCUAAGCUAUCUGAACAAAACUGCCACAUUUCUGCUUAAGUGGUUGUUCCGGGACGCAAAAGUGGGUUGCAGAUUUUCUAUGCUGCUUAAUCCUCAUUAAAGUCAAGGGGGUAUGCUGGAGCCUAUCCUAGCUGACUUUUAGGGGGAAGUGGGGUACACCCUGGACUGGUCGCCAGCCAAUGGCAGGGCACAUAUAGACAAACAACCAUUCACACUCACAUUCAUACCUAUGGACAAUUUAGAGUCGACAAUUAACCUAACAUGCAUAUUUUUGGAAUGUGGGGGGAAGCCGGAGUACCCCGACAAAACCCACUCACGCACGGGGAGAACACGCAAACUCCACACAGAGAUGCCCAAGUGGAGAUUCAAACCCUGAUCUUCCAGCUCUCCUGACUGUGUGACCAACAUGCUAACCACUAGGCAUUUAAAUAUUUCAAUAAAUAUUUUUUAAUAAGAUUUUGUUUUUUAAGAAAAACUGAGCAUUUAGUCAUCUUCCCAUGUUAUGCACAUUAUAAGUGAAAUAUCUGAUUUUGCGGUCUUAUUUGAUGCAACUUUCAUGUUUAAUUUCAAUUCAUGUAUUCUUUAUGUGCAUGCAAUUAUCACAUCCUUCCUCAUCUCCUUGACAAAAUGCCUUAAUAAAUUUCUCUAAGAUGCUAUUUGCACAUGUAAUUGUGUAUUCAUGUUAAAAAUAUGACAUAGGCGAUUUAAAAAAAAUCCUUGAUAUAAAUAUAAAACAAUGACGCAAAUAAGUGUAAAAACAAUACAAAGAAAAAGGACAAACGUCUAAAAACUAAUACAAAUAAAAAUGACUUCAAUGAAAAUCUUAAAAAGUAAUAAAAAUGAAAAUAAAAAUGACUAACAUAAAAGUCUAAAAAAUAAACAUAAAAUGACAAAAGUGUAAAAAACAAUUUAAAAAAAUGACUGAAAUAAAAGUGGGUUGCGACUAAAUGGCCAUUGCAAAAUGUGCAUCCCAGGUUGAGGCCAUUUGAGAACCCAAGUUAUAGGUGACAGUUAAUUAGUGUAUUUUUUUUGCAAUCAGGGUCAGGAAAACCUUCUCUUCUGGCCUAACACGAUCAGAAACCCUGACGUGCAUUUAGAACUUAAAAUCUAGUAUUUGUUCCAUGAAAUUGUAGUAAUUUAUUCCCAACAGUCUUAUUUUUGUUGCAUGUUUCUUGGUUGCGCUGUUCGAGUAGUGUAAGUGUAUGUUAGAUUUUUGUCCAAUUAAAUUUCACCUUCUUCUUCUUCCAUGUUAAACUAAUCUACCCAAGGUUUUUAGAAUCAGUAGUGCUUAACCGAUGCUGCUUGAGCACUUAUUAACAAUGGGGCUGUUUCUUUACCUCACAAUACAAUAACGUUAGCAUCUUUCCAUCCUGUUUGGUUGAUCAGAGCAGAACUGUUUGACAUGCCUUCAAUGACUGACUGAGGAGGAGAAAUUGACAUCUGUGGUGUGUAGAUGAAUUUUAUUUAAAAGGUAUGUGUUUUUGUCAGUUUUUUUUUUUUUUUUAGAUAAAUAUUAAUUCUGAACUGCUCCAGUUGACGUUGUAGUGUAGAGGUUCGGCGUUGUCUGAACCCUUCUCUAAGCCAUUUAAUUUGUGCUUGUUAUAUUUGGCUGAGCGCCAAAAUCUACUAGCAUCGCUGGUCACGGGUGGCGGUUGCUAAUGCUCAGUUACUCACAGAAAUGUUACUAGCAAAGGCAUAUUGAAUUUGAAGAUAAAGGGUUAGAAAUUGAUAAAGGGUGUCUUGCUUUACUAAUAAUGGUAUUGUAAUAACCUGGCAUUUAUGUCUAGUGUUAGAGAUUGUUUUUUUUGUAAGCGACUGGAUGGUGCAGUGGGUGACGGGGUUCAAAUCCCAGUCAGCUGAAUGGAAACGUACAGCAAUAUAAAUUAUUAUUUUUAACACCACCGACCCUCAGUGUCUGCUGAGAAAAAAAAUCUGUCUGGUAAUAUCUAAUAAUACUGUACUGUACAUAAUACUUUUAUACGAGCUGCAAGCAGAAAAUGGCCCCUGGGCCGCACGUUGGAUAUCCCUGUAAAUGCUAGAUGCAAAAUGAAUUAGUCAAAUUUAUGAUGACGAACACACACACUUGCCAAUCAACUGAUAAGUCAGAAUUCCCUUCAGUGACGACAAAGAUCCUCUUGGAAACUGUGUAUCCAUAGGAUGGAUGUUGUUGAAACAGGCUUUAAGUCACUUUUUGUCAGUGUCUGCUGAACUCAUGGGAUGAUUCACACUCACACACACAGUUGUGUUCGUUGCGAAAUAGUCAGUAGAGGUUUAACACAAUGAGUCACACAUUAGUGCUGACAUGGGCUGCAAGAAGCCACAUGCAAGCGCAAACAACACAGACGUCAUCUGUUGGAAUUGGCUUAAAAACUACAUUUUUUUUUAACUAACUGUUCUGGAGAUGAGACCUUAUAUGUUGCCAUGUCUCCACCUUGUGGACAGCCACGGGAACAGCAGGCAAUAAAUGUCCUCAUUUUGAGGAAAUAAAGACGUGAUUCAAUACAUAAAUGUAUUUAAAUUUAUUUUUAAAACUGAAGUAUAUAAUAUAGAAUAGCCCUCAAAGGUUUGCCGGAUAAAUUCCAAAAGUCAACAUUCCAGCACAGCACAGCACAGCAACAUGUAAAUUCAGAUGUGACAGAAGAUGAGUGAUUGUGUUCAUGUAGCAAUAGGCCUUCUGGAGUUGAACACCUUGGUGCCAUUUUGCAUUGAAGAUCGAGCAUAUUUGGUUAACAGCGCUCCUGUAGUCUGUUUCUCGCCACAAAGAUCCCUGGAGAGUAGGGGAGGUAACAUUACACACCAUACAAACAUGCAAAGCAAAACAAAACACUGUACUAUUUACCAUAAAUCUCUUUUUUAUAUAAACUAAGUCUUGCUUUCAGUGCAGGCUACUGCCUCAAUUUUGUCAGAUUGAUUGCUGAAACUGCCGUUACAAUGCGACUGGACACAUUUUAGGCGACAUGGGGCUUAGUGGUUAAUUAAGCACUCCAGUCUCAAAGGAGCAUGACUGAGAGGGGUUUCCCUGGCUACUCUGUUUUCCCCCACCAUCAACAACAUAAUACCAGUCAAAAGUUUAGAGACAUUCUCAUUUAUAGAAUUCGAAAGUGUAGCCAACAUUAAUCAGUUCUGGAUCAUGUCACUCAUUGCUCCUCAGUUAUUGGUUUAAUGCGGGGGUUAUAAUAACAGUUUGUAAAAAAAAUAAUGAGGAAAAAUAACUUAAUAUAAAGCAUUGUAUAGGAACUAAUCUAAAAAAGGGCACCCACUCUAUAUAUGGUAUAAUGUCCUCUUCAGUCCAUUUCUCUCGCAGUGUGAAGAGAUGGUUAAAGCGUUCCAGGGUGUCCUCAGGGAGAUCUUCUACCCUAAGCAGGCAGAUGGUCUCCGGGCGGGAGGUGCGGUCCACCAGGGCGGCACUCUGGACGAUGUACAACAUUCACACCAGGA